GUGGAGGCCAGUACCACUCAGGAAAUCUACAUUUCUUCACAAAUCGGAUCAAUGAUAUUUGAAGACACCAAUAAUUUUUAUUACCCCAACUUCCCCUUCACUGGCAAGAUAAGAGUAAGUGGCUAUGAUGGCUCCCUCCUUAAGAAUCACAGAGUGUUUCUGGUGAUUUAUGGUGCAAAUGGAACCAUCAGCAACCAGAGCCUGACUACUGACAACAAUGGCCUUGCUCCCUUCACGCUGGACACAGUUAGCUGGAAUGGGGCAGGCGUUUCGCUGGAGGGCAGAUUCCAAAUGAAAGAUGUGGUGUAUGAUCCAGAACAAGUGCCUCAUUACUACCAAAAUGCCUACCUGUACCUGCAACCCUUCUAUAACACGACUCACAGCUUCGUUGACAUUCACUGGCCAAGUGGUGUCUUGGAAUGUAGGCAGCCCCAGGAAGUGCGUGUGGGUUAUUACAUCAAUCCGGCUGAUGUGGACUCUGACCAGGAAGUCACCUUCACCUACUAUUUAAUAGGGAAAGGGAGUUUGGAGAUGGCGGGGCAGCAACACCUGAACUCUAAGGAGAUAGGACUGAAAGGCUCCUUCUCGCUCUCACUGACCUUCAGUUCCAGACUAGCCCCUAAUCCUUUCUUGGUGGUCUACGCCAUUUUCCCCAGUGGAGGUGUGAUAGCUGACAAAGUCCAGUUUUCCGUAGAGAUGUGCUUUGACAACCAG